AUGGCGACGGUCAAAGAUACCAUCCCACAUAUAAUCAGAACAGCAGAGGACCCUCGCCAGAAAGGUGUGUGGUCUGCGAGGCUGAGUAAGAUAGAACAAGUCAACCCAAAAAUCCGGUUGUUGAGACUCAGUCUACCAAGAGAUGGGCCACCACUACGACAUCUCCCAGGUCAAUAUGUCGACCUCUACGUCCCCAACAUCGACGUGGUGGGUGGCUUCACCAUAACAUCACCACCCCAAGCCUCCUCCCAAGCCCAACAAGAUCCACACAUCGAACUGGCAAUCCAGAUCUCGCCGGACAAUCCACCGGCCGCAUUCCUCUGGCGCCCGGAGUCGGAGAUCCUGAAUUCCACCCUCUCGUUCAGAAUCGGCGGCAAUUUCGUCUAUCCGCCCAUGACUCUGAAACGCACCGAAUGCGAAUCCAUUGAUCGCGUGGUCUUCAUCGCCGGCGGCGUGGGCAUCAACCCGAUCAUGAGCAUGAUAUCCACACUGAACGAGGCGGGCACAACCCGAGUCCUGGGCGGCAUGCCCAAGCACGUGCGCGUUCUCUACACGUCGAGAAGAGAAAGGAACCCCGACGGCCAGGCGGCGGAAAUCCUCUUCGAGAACCGGCUGAAGAGUAUCGCGGAAAACUGGAACACCCAUCAGCAGCAAGUGGAUUAUCAAUACGCGUUCUUCGAGACGAGUGAGCCGUCAAGUGUUGGUGCCCCGAAGCCUGGCAACAUGGCAGUCCAUUCACGAAGGAUCUCACAGAAUGACCUGUUGGAGGCACUGGGUUCGGAGGACGGUCGGGCCAAUACUGUCGUCUAUGUCUGUGGCCUUCCCACCAUGACGGACCAAUAUGUCGAGCUGCUGAAAAAUGCCCCGGGCAUGGAUGAGAAGAGAGUCCUGUGUGAGAAAUGGUGGUAG